CGUAGGGUGUUGUACUACCGUAGUAGUACCGUUCAUCUACUACCUCUGGGUCUCGGAAGAAGUGCCGGGUGGAAAAUUUCCCUUCUUGAGACCAAUUCCCAUCCCGGGUUUACCCGUAUUCCCUGCCUGAGCUUGCCGUCCGCUUCUUUUCUUUUUUUGGGAACUUCAAGGCUCCAAGGCUCCAAGGCUCCAAGGCCCAAUCCUCCAAGCUAUCGGCAAGCUUACCUAAAAUCCCUCCAAAAGUCCCCCGAAACCACCUCCAAAAAGCACCGACAGAAUCGCGGCGCCGAACCUGCGAGACGGAGUUAGGCACACCUUAUCCCCCUUCUUCCCCCCUCCCCCCUCCCCUCCCUCCUCUUGAUUCCGAUUUUUAUUUCCCUUGUGAUCAUGCAUGAGCUUCUGCUCUUCGCCUCGGUCCCAGCCCAUCAGCAUCAUGAGCUCCUCCAACAGCUGGCCGGCUUGACAGCCAUGCAACCGCGUCACCGCUUGGAGAGACGGCUGGUCUUCAAGGCCUAUCGCAAGCCAGGCCUAGUCACCACCCGUGUGGGAGCCAGUCAGGAUGUGCAGGGCGCCGACAUGCAACGUUUAAACAAGAUGUUGAAUGGGGGCAUGUACUACACCCAGGUCGUUGGCCCUGUGACCAAGGCGGAUUUUGGCGCGACCUCUUCGUCGGCCAUGUCAGCCUCCCAUGAUGCAGAUGUGUCUAUGUCUGGAACCGACCAGUCUGCCUACUGCUACGAAAACCAACCCUGGAGAUUGGAGUUCAGAGACAUUCCCGAGGCUGGUACUCGAUCGGCCGUGACCACUCGCUUAAUGGCAAGUGCAAGCUUGCCUAAAGGUGAUAUUGCAGUUCCCAUGAAUGCCUGGGGCUAUAGGUCGGUCUUCUCCCCUGUAGCUGAUACGCCCGUUACUUCCCCCACUCGUAUCUAGACGACUGCAGCCGAAAAAACUGACAUUCCAGCUCAGUUUUGUUACCGAGUACAUGGUAGAAGGAGACGUCUUCGUCCAAAAUGAUAUCGUCAUCUUCCUCCAUCGCGUCUUGCUGUACCCCCAGGCGGAGUCGCAGGAUUCACAUGGCCCUCGACAAGAGCUACCUGCAUAUCACGAGCUCACCCCGCUCGAGCGAACGGGUAGUUAUGUUCUGCAAGCCGCAAUUACUGUCCAGGACGGAAGCAACCAGGAAAUGAUGAAGACGGCGUCUCAGCAUCUGUUCGGGCUUCGAGAGCAGCUCAAGUCGGCUGUACGUCUCGAACAAGCAGAUAGGCUGUCUCUGGAUACCCGAGCGAAGUAACUGAUGCAAUCUGGCGCUUGCUUCUUUCGCAAUGUUUUAUACCCCCGGAGCUAUAUUAGCUCUCUGUUCCUGUGGUUUAGCUCUAUUAUCAAUGUACAUCCGAUGCUUCAGAUG